AAGUAAAAUAAAAAUGUCAUUGCUGUCAAAUGUCAAUAUAUUUAAUUUUUAGAAAAAGUAUGAAAGGGAGCCGGUCCCUCGUGUUAAUUAUUAAUAAAGAAACUUUAACGUUUUCUUAACGAAAUAAUUAUUAAUAGUAUCUUCUAAUCAACCAAAGUUAAUUAUUUUGACUGUCAUCAAAACAAAAGAUGGUUGUGUUUUGAAGUAUUCAAAAGUUUCAUAAUUUACAUUCAUAAUUUUCCUCCAAAAAAAGACUGUUUUGCAUCAUUACUUUUAGUGUUUUAGUGAAGUUGUACCUAAAAAAUGAUUAGAAUUAUCCAAAUAUCAAAAAAUUUGACUGUUAAUCAUUCUAGAAAUAGUAUUUUACGAUGUUCCACUCAGUCGACGAUUAAAACAAUUUUAAAUAGAUCAAACACUAUUAGAUCCUUAUCAGACAAAUGUGACGACGAUCGUAAAAAGAAGCAAAUACCAUCACUUAAAGAUUGUCAUCCUACAAAUUUGAUGAGUGAAAUACCAGAACCGGCCGGGAACUGGGAGGAAAAGGAUAGUAUGGUUAGAAAACAAAAUAGAAGGUGGUUACUUUUGGGUUUAUUGUUUACUGCUUUUACCGUUGGUACGAUUUUUUAUAUUAAUCCAUUGAAAAAGGAGGAAGAGAUAAAAACAGAUGAUGGGAAAAAGAAAGAAAAAAAGAAAUAUCCUGCGUCUUCAAAAGAUAUACCGAAGGAUGUGCCUUAUUUAUUGAUAGGAGGAGGUACUGCUUCUUUUAGCGCAUUCCGUUCAAUCAAAACUAGAGAUCCUACUGCUAAAGUACUAAUGAUAUCAAACGACUUGUUCUACCCUUAUAUGCGUCCCCCGUUGUCUAAAGAAAUAUGGUAUAACGACGAAGAAUCUGCUAAAAACUAUUUUUUCAAACAGUGGAAUGGUUCGCAAAGGAGUAUAUUUUAUGAACCCGACAACUUUUAUACCGAAUGUAAAGAUUUAGAAUCUAGUGAAAAUGGUGGUUUAGCGGUAGCUAGAGGUUGGACUAUAAAAAAAUUAGAUGUAAUAGAAAAUAUCGCGUAUUUAGAUGACGGAGCGGAAAUUCGGUACAGAAAAUGUCUCAUAGCUACAGGUGCCAAACCCAAUUUUUCACCGGUGUUCGCAAAUGCAUCGACCGAUCCUAAAUUGAAAGAUUUGAUAAGGUCUUAUAGGAACAUCACCGAUUUUGAAGAAUUGUAUGAUAUGUUUAAAAAAGCUAAAACUGUAGCUAUAGUCGGAGGUGGAUUUUUGGGAAGCGAAUUGGCUUGUGCUUUGGGUAAAAAAGCUAAAGAUGAAAAGGGUGAACCUAAAAAAGUGUAUCAAAUAUUCCGAGAAUCCGGAAACAUGGGCAAAGUGCUACCGGAAUAUCUUUCGCUUUGGUCAACAGACAAAGUGCAAGAUGAAGGAGCCAUUGUUUUGUCAAAAACUGAAGUUGUGGGUGUAAGAAGUGACGGUAAAGAAGGUUUAACGUUGACCCUAAACAAUGGUAAAACUAUGGAUGUUGAUUUCGUAAUAGUGGCGAUGGGUGUAACGCCCAACACAGAUCUAGCGGAAGAAUCCGAUUUGGAAGUAGACCCCGAAUUAGGCGGAUUUUUAGUUAAUACGGAAUUACAAGCUAGAACCGACGUUUACAUCGCUGGUGAUUGCGCAUGUUUCUACGAUACGAAAUUGGGCCGUCGACGUUUCGAACACCACGACCACGCCGUCGUCACGGGGAAAUUAGCUGGAGAAAAUAUGACUGGCGGUCGUCAACCGUAUUUACAUCAAAGUAUGUUUUGGUCCGAUCUAGGACCGGACGUAGGUUACGAGGCGAUCGGUAUAGUGGAUUCUUCUUUACCUACGGUAGCAGUAUUCGCAAAAGCAACCGAUAAGGAUAAUCCCAAAGCAGUGGUGACCGCAACCGAUGAAGGAAUCAGAUCUAAAACCGAGGAGAUCCCUCAGGAAUGCGAUAAAAAUUUGUCGGAAAAACAAAAACAAGAAAUGGCAAUGGUGAGACAACCGCUCAGUAUACCGAACGUAUCUGAGGGUGAAGAUUUUGGUAAAGGUAUCGUCUUUUACCUAAGAGACGACGUAGUGGUCGGUAUACUGUUGUGGAACAUCUAUAAUAGAAUGAAUGUAGCUAGACAAGUUUUGAUGGAUCACAAAAAAUACGAAGAUCUUAACGACGUUGCCAAAUUGUUUAACAUACACGAAACUACCGAUGAAACUACCAACAACGAAACUACUAACGACGAAACUAAAUAAAACAAAUCUACCCUUGGACAAAAUGACGUCGUUAAACAUUGGAAUAUGUGAGUGUUUAAGGUUGGCAAUGCGGCGAGAGAAAAUGCAUUUUGUACAAACAAACUGUCACUUGUCAUAUACUAUAAUUUGGUUUUGUUGAUUGUUGUAUUUUUGGAAAAACAUACGUUUCGUUAAUAAAAUUUUUAUGAAAUAGAUUAAAUUUUGAAUGCUAAGCAUUUGUAUCAAAUCGUACAAAACUUCGAAGCCGCCCCUGUCAUAUAGAUGUUCUGGAACAUACUUCAUAUAAAUAUGAGACGACUGGAGAGUCAGUGUGGUCUAGUACGAAAAAUGAGAUCUCGUAAAGUCGAUACUUUCCCAUGGGGUAUUAGGUAGUUCCUUGGAAUAUUUUUAUUGGCAUUCAUUCGCUCCCCGUAUGACCUUUUUUAUUCAUAUUUCCUUCUUAUGAUCAAUUUUUAUUAUUUCUUCUUAUGAUCUCCUUUCUUCAUAUUUCUAUAAAUUCUCAUAGUUUUUGGCUUUUCCUGCUUUUCUUCUCACAUAUUAGGUUUUUUCCUUAUCUUUCUAUAAUAUUUUUGGUUUUUGGCUUCUUAUGAUUUUAUUCAUUAUUAUCUUCAUCUUUCUAUUCAUUUCUAUAGUUUUUGGCCUCCAAUGUCUUUCUUCGUUUUUCUAUAAAUUUUCAUCAUUUUUAGUUUUCUCAUCUUCUCUUUGCGUAUUUUUAUAUGUGGAAAGAAAUAUAGAAAAAGACAAAAAUUCAUAGAACGAUGAAGAAAAAGGAUCAUUAGAAUCCAAAUCCACAAAAAUUUAUAUAAAAAUGAAAAAAGAGGACCAAAUGAAUACAGAUACCAGAAAUUUUCUUAGAUUUCGGCUUUUUACGACCUUUUCCGUUUUGGCUUCUAAUGAUCUUAUUUAUUCAUCUUUCUAUUCAUUUAUAUGGUUUCUGACUUCUUAUUGUCCUCUCACUUUAUGUUUAUAUAAAUUUUCACGGUACCAGAAUUCUUACGACCUUUGUCUUUUAUUUCUUUUUUUUUGGCUUCCUAUGACUUUUUUCUUCGUUUUAAUUUCGGGUAGAUCAAACAGAUAUUUUGAAUGGAGACAUCAAAAAUAAUUUUCCAUUAAGCAAAACUUCUUGCGCUAUAACACUGCUCUUAGUUGAGACCCCAAAAACCUAAUAGAUAAGGUUUUUCAGGUGAGUUUUCCGGCACUUUCGAUCACUUCUUACGAGGGUUUUCCAGUUUAAAAAACUCUUACACUAUUACACCGUUACACUCGUGUAACGGAGAAAUUACUUUUCGGUGAAAUGGAAAGAACGUAAAUGAUAGAAAUUAUACAACGUUGCCACGUUAUAUUUUUUUUUCUGAUUAAAUAUUUAGAUUUGUUCAAUCACAACAUAUGUACACAUAUAUUUUAAUAAAAAUAAAGAAAGGGUGAGGUGAAAAUAAAAACGUCAUAAUAAUAAAUAGUAUAUAUUUAGAAAAUAAAUAAACCUACUUUUGCAACAACACAUAAUUAGAGCAAUUUUUUACAAAUAAAAAACUAAUUCUAUCAUUAUAUAAAUUACCAUCAUUCACACUGAAAUCCUUUCGUAGCUCACACAUUCAUUUUUCUCAUACAAUAAAUAAGAUUAGAGCGGCUCAAAAUAGAAACCGCAUCUACGUCCAGUCAUAUUCCUUUUCUAAAAGAAAAUAAAACGAAAAAAAAUUAUGUAAAUAGUUAUUACAUUGCUAAAAUAAAUACUAUACAAAAUACGUAUAAAAAACCCACUAGAUUAUAUAAAUAAUGCGUCAUAAUUGGUUAUACAGCAAUUUAGAUAGAUAAAAUCAAAAUGGCAGCUUACGACAUUAGUACGUUCGCACAUAUGAACGUUUAUUGUCUCUUCCAUCUGGGAAAUUAUCAUUUCGACUCCAUUUUUGCAGUCCAGAAGUGUGACGUAGUAACCAUAGAUAACCGAGUAAUUAUCAUUAAUUGUUGAAAUUUCUUAUUGAAUAAAAUCGCUAUGAGACAAAUUAUGUCUCAAAAAUGACUAAUUGUUGUAAUAAUAAACAUCUCCAUCCUUUUAAAACAAUGAAAAGUUAAUUCAUGACGUCAUUACUAAUGACCAGGAUCUGAUUUGUAUUUCGAAGUAUGGCGGUUACAAUGUUACCAACUAUUAUGAAGAUAAUUUUGUUGAAAAUGCUUGUUUUGAUUGCUAAUAUCUCUUCCCAAGGACUGUUGGGGUGUUUCGUUUUUUUUUUGUAGAAUAAUAGGUAUUUUGAUUAAUCUUAAAUUUGAAUUUCACUGUUUCAUGAUUUAAAAUCAUUGCUGUAAAACCUAUUAUAAAUAUUGCUCAAUUGAUAUAUUUAUUUUUUAAUCUAGCGAUAAAUCCAGCAUAACAAACAAUUUUACUUGGAUAAAGGGGCUUUUUCACCAUCAGAUAAACAUUUUAAAGAAAUAAUUCGAUAAGAGCCCAUUUUAUACGACUUUGGUUUUGUCAUUUUCCAAUUUUUUUUCGUAAAAAUUUAAUAAAUUUAAUCUAGUCCUAUUUGACACAAUAAAAAUUCAAUCCAAUUUCUUAACCUAACUUUUACUAAAUUGGACGAAUUUUAAAAAUUCAAUAAGAAUAAAUUAAUAAAGUCCUGUUUUUUUUCUGAUUUUUAUACUUCGUUACAUUCUAAAUAUUUUUCGCGGCAGUUGUCUCCGUAACGGCCCCGUCUUCCAGCUUCGUAGAAAACGUCAAACGAUGAUCCCAACGAUUUUUCCAUAACAUAACUAAUAGCGUAGCUGUAAAAGAUAAUUUUUCCCAAUUUAAAAAUUGUUACAAACAAUAAUCAUUUAUGUCAGAAUCAAAUAGUUUUGGUAUCACCCUCAUAUACAAAAAUUAUUUACUUGCAUACAACGGUUGAGUUGAAGAGAUUUCACAUUGAGUUUACAAUUUUGACACAACAGUAACAAAUGCAAUCACUGAACUUAAUGUGUAAAUAUUGUUUCACACGUUGGCAGCUGUGUUGCUUAUUUAAAAUAUAACUGUUUUCAAAUUAAUGCACUAAACUCAAACGUCUUAACAUAUCAUUAUGUUUUUAAAUGAUACGGAGGGUUUUAACGUUUCAAUAUAUUUAUUAUAUUACAACGUGGCAACGAUGCAAACAACUGUCAUGUUGAUUCAAUUUAAGCACAGAACACACCUAAGGGUAUUACCAAGGAACAUACCCAAGGUAAUGUUCUGUGGUAAUUUGUGACUAUUGAAGAAUUGCAUUUUAGUUAAUUGCCGAAUAAAAAUGUAUCAAUAGGAAAACUUCCAAAGUUAACAGAAUUUCAAAUAUUAUGAAGUGAAAUCAAAACUAAAAAAAUAUCUUUAAAACGAUAAGAUAACAGCUUGUAGUUUCGACAGGAUAUAAUUUGCUUUUCUAUAAGAUAACAAAGAGAACUAGAUAUCAUGAAAUUCCUUUUAGAUUUCAAAUCAAAUCUUAAAAGUGUUAGAAUUAAAAAAGAAUUGUUUUACUUAUGAAAAAUUACUAUUUUUGUUAUCUAAAUCAAUUUACGUGAAAUAUUAGGUUAGGUUAGGUUGCGCAAAAAAUAAAUAAUGUUUUAUAGUAUUGGAAAGUUCUAAAUUGACUACGUAAUUAAAUUUUUAUAAAAAUAAUUUUAUGUGUAUAAAAAUUUACCUUCCUAGAUGACAGUACAAAGAACUUUGUCCAAUAUCUUUUGAACAUUCGCUGUUUGCUUGACAAACGUAUCUUUCCAUACAUUUAGUAUCUC